AUGUCAGGCUACAAUCCGAAUUACCAGCAACAGCAGGGGCAAGGUCCUCAGCAGGGGCAAUUUGGGAACGCCCUCAACAUGCGGCCGCAAAUGCAGCGGGUCAAUUCGGGCUCGAGUCUCGCUUCGGUUCAGCCGUACCCGCCCAACGCCACCCAAGCGCAGGGCAACAUCAACUUCAACCCGAACGCCAAUCACCUUCAACAGCUCACCGAGUUUCACAAUCGCCAACAGCAACAGCAGGCGUAUACUCAACAGCGCCAACCCGCCCACACCAUACAGCAGGGACAGCAGGGGCAGUUCGGUCCUCCCCUCAUGCAAGGCGGCAACAAUGGCAACUACCAACCGUACGGUAACGUCCAGCCGGUCCAGCACCAGGCUGCGCUCGCUUUCCAGCAGCAGCAAAACCUCGCCAGGCAGCAAGCCCAGCACUUGGCAGCGGCUCGGCAGGUCCAGGCUCAGGCGCAGGCGACGCAAGUCCCCUACCGCUCGCCAGCCCCUUCUCACAUCUCCCUCCCUCCCCCUCCACCCUCCCUCCAACGACCCUCUAUACCCAGUAAUCAAGCCAAUCCUAUGCCUAUGCAACGUACUUUUUCGAACCAGAGCAACGGCGGCGGCAGCGGCCAGCAGCAGCAAGCUCCGACCCAAGCCCGCCCGCAACAGCCCGUGUCGGGGUACCAGCUGGGCGGUUCAUUCGGGAUGAGGCUAAACACCAUCGCCAGCGGUGACGGUACGGGCUCGGACUCGGUACAAGACCUCAUCGAUCCGCCUCGGGGCAAACCACUUCCUCAUCCUCUCCCCCUUACUCAACUCAACGACCCUUCUGCCCUUGCGGCCUCGGCGUCGGCAGCGCCAUCUUCCGCUCGGCCGUCCACCGCCGACUCGGACUCUCCCAAAUCGGCAGAGCCAAAAGCUACAGCGCCUCCCCCGGCGCCCAAGCCGAUGUCGGAGUACGCCAAGCGGAAACGGAGGAAGGAGGAGGGAACGACGGGGACUGGGAAAGCCCGUGGAGCCGGCAAGAAGGCGGAGGAGAAAACUGUCCCAGUGGUGUAUUUCACGGGGGUGGAGAAGGCCAAGGAGGAUCCUGUGGAGAAGAAGGGAGAGGCGGAGCGGCCUAGGGAAGCAGCGAGGCCGACCCCGGCGUCCGCUGCUGUUCCGUCUACUGGGGCGACGGAGCGGAGGCGAGCGCACGCACCGGAGGGCAUGAGGGGAUCGAUGCGGAGUGAUAUUGCCAAGCUCAUGUAUGCUGCGGGCGACGUAGCUGAGCCGUCUAUGGAUACUGUGGACUAUAUGGAAGAUCUCGUCGUUGAAUUCCUUUCUGACCUGUGUCGUCCCGCCCCGCCCACACGUACCGCCCCCGGCGCCCUCCACACCGCCCCACCCAUCGACAAUGCUCUUAUUCGCCACCGACUCCUCAUCGCCUCGGCCCGCCGACCGCACAUGGCCAAAUACGCAGCCCGUUUCGACUACAUGUACGCCAUGGACCUCGAGCUCGCCAAGGCCAAAGGGGCGAUGCAGCCCUCGCACGAAGACCUGGUCAAUACCGUCGGGAGAGAGUAUCUCGAGAUCGGGCAAGGGCAGGAGGGCGGGGAUGGCGAUGUCGCGGGAGGAGGAGGAGGUGGUGAGAGGGGGGCUGGGACAGGAAGGAGAGGGAGGCCGAAAAAGAUGGUGGAGCCGGGUCAGGAGAGGAGGAAGCCGGGUCCCAAGAAGGGGUGGAAGAAGGAAGGGGCGAGUCAAGGGCCAGAAGGGAAGAAGAGGGGGCCGUAUAAGAAGAGAGUGAGGGAAGGGUCGGGGGUAGGCACGGUGAAGGGGGAAAGUCAAUGA